AUGAAUCACACCAGUCAUAUGCAUCAACAACAAGAACAACAACAACAACAGCAGCAGCAGAUAAACGAAACGCAACAUACACAUUCGAACUCGGACAGUCCUACUCAUGCGACUUUGACCCGUUCGGAUUCGACUUCGACGGUGAUUUUGGAGGAGGAAGAGACUUCUUCAUGCCGUCGGAAUCGACCAUCAACUCAACCACCUUUAACAUGGUCGAAUCUCAGUAUUCAACUACGUUCCUUCCUGAAGACAAGUGGCCUAUUUAACAAAGAUUUGGAAUCAUUUGACAAAUGGAACGAGCUUUUAACAAAUGGAAACAGUUUUUCUUUACAAAGAUUAUUAAGUGAAGCUGGUGUUAAUGAUGUAAAUAUUGAUAUGAAUGAAUUAAAGAAGUUAGAUUCAACUGAAUUACUUAAUGCUCGAACACUCAGUGAAUUUUUACGAUCUGCAUCAUUCGAUCAAUUAAUGGCAACAUCAGCAGCACAAAAUCCACUUGUAAAUGCUUGUUCAUCAUCGUCAUUUUCUGAACUUCAACCACUUUCACCGGAACUUACAACUAACAAUACGUUCCGUUCACCAUUAUUAAUUGAAACUGAUAAUUCAUUAUUAUGUCCUUCAAUUGAUUCAACAGCAACAACAUCAAAUCAAAAUGCUUUGAAUGCUUUUGAACAUGAUCAUGAUUUUUUUCCUAAAAAAAAACCAAAUACAACAAAUUCCAAACGAUCUUCCACACGUGGAUCACGUCGAACGUCUUCUCGAAUUCAAUCUCGUGCUGUAUGUUCAACAACAUCAGAAGCUAAUUCAGCAAAAUCAAAACGUACUCGAAAUAUAAAUCGUGCAACAGAUAUAAAAACAUCAGAUGAUUUAUCAUAUUAUCUAGAACGACGCCGUAAAAAUAAUGAAGCAUCAAAAAUGUCUCGAGCUGCUCGAAGAGAAAAAUUCGGUAGUAUGGAUCAACAAUGUGAAGAAUAUGAACGUGUUAAUACUGAACUUCGUAUGAAAAUAUCCACACUUGAAACAGUAACAACCAGUUUAAAAAGUGGAUUAGUAAAUAAUUUUCAACGAAAAUCUGCUGUUUGA